AAGGAGCUCAAAAAGUGGGAUGACUUUGAAGAUAUGUUAGAGGAAAGGAGGCAUGUCAGUGACCUGAAGUUUGCCAUGAAGUGCUACACCCCCCUCCUGUAUAAGGGGCUCAUUCCGUGCACGCCAAACGAUAUUAAGUCUAGUGUUCUCAACUCCGAAGAGGUUUAUUAUGUCAUUAAGCAGCUCUCCAAGGAGUCCGUCCAGUCCCAGGAUGCCCUCCGCGAGGAAGCGUGCCAGAUCUUGGAUGAAAUGAGCCACAAGCUGCGUCUGGGAGCCAUCCGGUUUUUUGCCUUUGCCCUGAGCAAAAUAUUUAAACAGAUUUACUCCAAAGUGUGUGUCAAUGAAGAAGGUAUUCAGAAACUACAGCGAGCCAUCCAGGAGCACCCGGUUGUCCUGCUGCCCAGCCACCGAAGCUACAUCGACUUCCUGAUGUUGUCUUUCCUUCUGUACAACUAUGACCUGCCGGUCCCUGUCAUCGCGGCGGGGAUGGACUUCCUGGGGAUGAAGAUGAUCGGGGAGCUGCUGCGCAUGUCGGGCGCUUCUUCAUGCGGCGCACCUUCGGCGGCAACAGACUCUACUGGGCCGUGUUCUCAGAAUACGUCAAGACCAUGUUACGG